AUGAGCUAUUUAGAACAUUCGCAACAACCAAAGUCUCUGUCGCAACAUCAACAACCGCAUAACCAACAACAACCAACUCAGUCUCUGUCACAGUAUUCACAACCCAUGAGCAACCUAUUUACAAACCAGCCUUUCCAAAGGUCGCAACAACCAUUGUCAAAUUUACCAAUCCCCCCAACAUCGCAACCUCAACAACCUCAACAACAACAAUCGCAACCAAUUCCUCCUCAGCAAUUGAUUGCCACACGAAGUAGAGGAGACUCAAUUUUUUUACCUCCCCCUAUAUCUUCGUCUCAAAUUCGGCCAACUUCGGAUCAGUCAUAUGAAACAACAUCGGCCAAUCCUCGCUUAAACCAAUCUAGUGGUAAUCCACUAGGGUCACGGUCAAAUAGUAUAUUCAGCUCACUCAUUAAUAUACCAGGAUCGAAUGGCAAUUCAAUCAGUGAGCAAUCGGGCCCAUCCUCUCAACAACAACAACAACAACAACUUGCACAACAGGCAGCUUCUGCUGGCGGAAGUAACAACAAGACUGUUGGCUCCGGAAAUCAAGCUCCAAAUUUACCCCCUACAUCCCGUUCACGUCAGAUGUCACUAAUUCCCAACCAGGAGUUUACUGUCGAAGAUUUGGAGAAUUUGUUUGGCAAUAAUAGGGAAAGUAUGGCUAAUCUUUUUGCCUGGCAACAAGGCGAUUUGAAAUUUUCACUCAGCGGGGCUUCUGGGGGAGCGGCGGUGGGUAACUCUAAUAAUGCUAUUGCUCCCAAUAACGUUAGUGGUGGAAAAGCUAAAGGUGGCUCUCUUGAUUUAUCUGCAUGGAUUGACAAUUCCAACCAACCAGGUUCCAUAGGGUUUAAUAAUAGUAUCACGGAAAUUAUUCAGAAUAUGAUAUCCAAUGGGUCAAUUGAUUUCAGCAACAUGAAUGACCAACAGCGUCGUGAUUCGAUAUUAAAGAUUAUAAAUAAUCCUACUUUAAGGAAUCCACGGGCAUCAAUUUCGUCAGCAAAUUCCUCAAAUGCAAGCACAACAUUGAGACAAGAUAUUUUCGAAAAGGGGAAGGGUAAUUCAAGUAGCAAGCAAAACACUGACAAGGAAAGUCAAAAGAAAGACAGGAAAAGUAAACGACAAAAGAGUAAAAAUGAGAAGGAUUUGUCACCCACUUCUUCUGUGUCGUCGAAAGCGUCGAAACCCAACGACGAACCUCAAUCGCCCAAAACAUCGCCUAAUCAGUACAAUAAUAACCGUGUACUCGAUCCAUCGUCUUACACCCCCGUCGCUUACAACCAACGACCUUCAGUAAGUUCUUCGGGUCAAAAGAUGUUUCAAACCAAUGCUAAUCCAAUGUCUCCUACAAAUCAGUAUCAAUACUCAUCAUACCCCAGCUUUAGUAAUCUGCUUGCAUUUCCUUCGAUGCUGCCAGGUGGAACUCGUCAAAAUAGCUUUAUGGGUGGCUAUCAAUAUCCACUUCCAAAUCAGCUGCAACAAAUACCAGGACAAAUACCUCCUCAACAAAUGUUUUCACAGGUAGGUCGCCAACAAGUGCAACAGUAUCAGCAACCAUAUUUGCAACAAGCAAUAUCACCACAGCAACAGCAGCAGCAGCAAUUUCAACAACCGCAGUACUACAUACCUCAGCUGCAACAAUAUCAACCACCACCUCAAGAGUUGCAACUGCAACUGCAGCCGCUGCAACAAACCCAGAAAUCUGGAUUGUCAAAGAAAAGAAGGCAAUCGGCCAAGCGGACACGUAAAUCAAAGGAUAAUGUUGAUUCCAUCAACCCGCAAGUUGUCUCUCCUACAAAUCCAAAUUUAGUCCCAGCUCAGCAAAUUGCCAGAUCCGAGGAUGGUAGACCACUUUUAGGAGCUACCAAGAUUGAUCAGUUAAUGUUAGUGAUUCAAGCACGAGACAAGGGAGUUACUAAAGCAAUUGACCAAGGACCCGAUGGAAGUAUUUUGGCAGCACGUGAAGGUUAUGGACCUGCAAAUCAAUCAAAUCAGAGUGAGGUUGUGCCAAGGCCAGUUAGUCUUGUGGGUGGUGUUGAAAAGCCUCAAAAAUCCAAAUCAGAUUUAUCUCACCACGAUGGAGAAGAUGAACAUGAUAGUAAACGUCACAAGGCAAGAACACAACAAUGCCCUUAUUGCUUGAAAUACUUCACACAAUCAACCCAUCUUGAAGUUCAUAUUCGUUCCCAUAUAGGGUAUAAGCCGUACGAGUGCACUUAUUGUCACAAGAAGUUCACUCAGGGUGGCAAUUUAAGAACUCAUUUGCGAUUACAUACUGGUGAAAAGCCCUUUACUUGUGAGGUUUGUAAUAGAUCAUUCAACAGGAAGGGAAAUCUUGAAGCUCAUAAGUUAACUCAUGAGAAUGUGAAGCCAUUUGAAUGUAAAUUGGACAAUUGUGAUAAAUCAUUCACUCAGUUGGGAAAUUUAAAGUCGCAUCAAAACAGGUUCCACUCACAAACAUUGAACACAUUAACUCAUAAAUUGGCUGAGUUGAGUGGACCUGCUUUGGAGAGAUUGCCUCCUGAUGAAAAAGAUUUGUUGAUGUAUUUUAAGAGCUUGUAUAAAAAUUCAAACAAAGGGAUUCGAGGAAGAGGCAAGCAGCAAGGGGCAGGCUCAGAAGGUUCUGCGGGUAGUCCUGAAGAAGUGAAUGAAUAA